AAAGCACAAAUCAACGGUCGUGAAAAUCGAGCAAAGCUCCGUGAGAAAAACGCAAAAAUUCGUCGAACGAAAUUGAUAUCGAGCGUUUGUCUGGAUUUAAGCGGAAAUCAGGGAUAAUCAGGGAUUUUCCAAAGCGCGCGAGUGUGUGUGUGAAAAAUCCGCUUUAAAGCAGUCUGGAAUUUGAAAUCCCACAGCCAAGACAAACUUCGACGGUAACCACGGACACUUCGCCAGGAAUAUCCGCACGUUGAUGGCUGCCACCAAAAUCAUAGAUGCGCCGCGCAACGGCCACGAGAUGGCGCCGCUGAACACACGGGCACGGGGCGAUGGAACCCACGGGGUGACCAUCGUCCUAACCGCCCCCCAGCGCAACUCCGUGCAAUCGGUGGACAUUCCGGGCAAUGAGCCGGAACGCGCCGCCUGGAGCGGCAAGAUGCAGUUCUUCCUCAGCAUCAUCGGAUACUCGGUGGGCCUCGGCAACAUCUGGCGGUUUCCCUACCUGUGCCAACAGAAUGGAGGCGGUGCAUUCCUGAUACCCUUUAUGGUUAUGCUGAUACUGGAGGGCAUACCGCUGUUCCUAAUCGAGUUGGGAAUCGGGCAGAGAAUGCGAUUGGGUGCCCUGGGUGUGUGGAACACCAUCCAUCCCUGGCUGGGUGGCAUCGGAAUCUCGUCGUGCAUAGUAACGCUGUUUGUGGCUCUCUACUACAACGUGAUCAUCACGUGGGUUUUCUUCUACCUCUUCAACAGUUUUCGGUAUCCGCUGCCCUGGUCAUCCUGUCCCCUGAACGGCACAGGAUUUGAGUUGGAGGAGUGCGCCAAAUCUUCGGAGACGACGUACUUCUGGUACCGCACCACCUUGGAUGCAGCACCGUCCAUGGAUGAGCCUGGUGGCCUCAAGUGGUGGAUCGUGCUCUGCCUGAUGCUGUCCUGGACCAUUGUCUUCUUCAUCGUGAUGAAGGGCAUCCAGAGCUCCGGCAAGGUGGUCUACUUCACCUCGCUCUUCCCCUAUAUUGUGCUGACCAUCUUCUUCAUUCGCGGCAUCACGUUGAGAGGAGCGGGCGCUGGACUGAUGCACAUGUAUACGCCAAAGGUGGAAAAGUUACUGGAGCCCACGGUUUGGCUGGAUGCAGCCACACAGGUCUUCUACUCCUUUGGCCUGGCCUUUGGAUCUCUGAUCGCCUUCGGGAGCUACAACACGCCGAAGAACAACUGCGUGCGGGAUGUGCUCCUGGUGUCCGUGUGCAAUGCCGUUACGGCCAUCUACGCCAGCGUGGUCAUCUUCGCCAUUCUGGGCUUCAAGGCCACCGUCAAUGUGGACCGUUGUAUAGCCAGUAACACGGAAAUCCUGGUGAAGAACAAACUGCUGGGACUGAAUGACACACAGGGCUACGAGCAAGCCAUGAGUCUACUGAAUGGCACUGAGUUGACCCGUCUGCAAUUGAGCGAGUGCAGCUUGGCUCACGAACUGGACAAUGCUGCCGAGGGCACCGGUUUGGCCUUCAUCGUGUUCACCCAGGCCAUCGUGGAGCUGCCCGGUGCUCCCUUCUGGGCCGUCCUCUUCUUCACCAUGCUGCUGUCGCUGGGACUGGGAUCACAGAUCGGCAUCCUGGAGGGCAUGCUGUGCACCCUCUUCGACAUUGACAUUAUCAAGCGGGUUAAGAAACAGCAUGUCACUGGCGUGGUGUGUCUCUUCUGCUUCAUUGUCGGUUUCAUCUUCUGCACAGGUGCCGGGGAGUACUGGCUCAAGAUGUUCGACUCUUUUGCCGGCACCAUUGGCCUCGUGGUGGUGGCGCUGAUGGAGAUGAUAGCCGUGAUCUUUAUCUACGGACACGAGCGCUUCACCGAGGACAUUUUCCAGAUGACUGGCUACCGACCUGGUCGCUACUGGCAGUGGACCUGGCGGUACAUUGGUCCCGUCAUUAUGGUCUGCAUCUUGGUAUCUUCAGUGGUCUUCAUGGUCAUUAGAAAUCCCACUUACGGAGCUUGGAAUGCCGAUUUGGGUAUGAUUGAGCAAAAGAGUUACCCCAAUUGGGUGAUGGGCAUCGCACUAUCCAUGAUCCUGGCUGGCGUCCUGCCCAUGCCCAUCGUGUUCCUUAUGCGUAGCUUCCAGUGCCUGAAGGUGGACCUGGACAUCCACCAAGGAUCGAUUCGUCGCAACGAAACAACCGCCUCCACCAAGGAGAUGAUUGACAAUGAUGACGAUAAUAUGAGUCCGGAUAUGCCACCGCAAGAUUCACUAGCGGCGACACGCUUCACAAUUGGAGACUUUGAAGACGAAGAGGAUGACGAGAACGAUUUCAGCGGUCCGGCGCUGGGUGGUCAUGUGAAGACCCAGAGCGAUUUCUCCGACGACGACGAAGAGGACAAGCCCAUGACCAUGCGGAUGAUGAUGAUGCGUCCGACAACAACAACAAAGACAUCGAACGUGCUAAAUGUGCCAACAAGCAGAAAGAAGAACUACAAGAAGGAUGCGUACGAUGUCUAGAAAAGCCACAGCCCCACUCCCAGGUGAAGCUAUAGAAACGAAUGCAAAAGAUACGGAUAAAGAUACAGUAAACAGGUAGAGGUAGAAGUCCAGGUACAAGUCCAGACACAGGUGCAGCUAUAGAAACGAAUGCAAAAGAUACGGAUAAAGAUACAGUAAACAGGUAGAGGUAGAAGUCCAGGUACAAGUCCAGAUACAGGUCCAGGUGUGAACCGAUACAAAAUAACAAGUGAAAAAAAACCUAUUUAACUGAGACGAGCGGUAAGAUGAGUGCGUGCCGAGCUGAGCGCAAACAUUUAUAAAUAUUUACUAUAAGUAUUUUAACUUAAUUUAAAUCUAAACUAAGUAAUUACCAGAAUAAACAGCCGAAGAAUUGCAUUCGAGUGCGUAACUAAAAUUGUUAAAUCGUAUUUUAACACAAACUGAACUAAGCCCAAACUAAACUAAAUUUAACAAACUGUGUACGAGUACAAUGUGCCGCAGGAGGAUAGGUAUUAUCUAAAACGGGUUGCAAAUGGUUUAAAUUCGAUUAUGUAGCAUUUAGUUGGAAUGCUUAAAGCUUUACCCUAAGACACUCAAAACACACAAAACUGAAAGUAUUUCCGACUACCAGGACCCACUCCUCUCCCCCCAUCCCCAAUAUCCCCAACAAUCCCCCACAAUUCCCUCCUUCCCCGGAGAAAGCUCUUCGACGGCAAACGCUUAUAGUCGACUUAGCCAGCGCAUUUCCAAAGAGUUAAACUCAACAUUUAGGUUUAGUAGAGAUCUGCCGUUUUGUUUUGACCUCAAGUAGAACUCACCAGACCUACAAUUAAUAUAUGUAUGUAAUCUAAGAGGAGUUACACGAUUUACAAUUACUUUAAACUGGUUAAGAGCGUUGAGACACAAUAUUAACACUUCGAGUUCUAGUUGAGUUAAACAAAUACCUAUACUUACUAUACUGAUUAGAGAAUGAUACAUGGAGUGUGUGAUAUUCUAAAUAAUAUCCUCAAUGUUUAGGUGUUAAGACUCUUCAUCCACAGCCCCAAAGUCACCCACUCAAUCUAUUUCCCCGUUAAAAAAAAAAACACUCAAAAAGUAUUUUCCCACACUGACAGAGCUAAACAAAAUAACAAAUCAAGAAUUAUAAACUGCUGUGAAUAGUUUUAGUGGUUGUAAAGUUCUAUCGAAGAAGGGAAACCAUAAAGCGUCUAAUACUUAACUAGUUGUUAAGCGGCACCCCAUUGUUCACUUCAGUUCCCUGCACAGGAUACCAAUGAAGAUAGUCCUUUUCAUAUUUCCGAUUCGGUUUCCGGCAAAAUGGUUAUCACACAAUCCUCCCCCCUCCAACUUUCUCUUAUUUCGGUAAGGCAAAGGCAAGUGCAACACUGAUAUCUAAAAAAUUGACAACUGAAUCAAAACACAUGGAAUUUCGAAAGUACUCAAAGUCAAUGCAAAGGACGGACGACAGAACGUUGAAGACAAUAAGACAAAUAUAGAAAUAUACUUAUGAUAUGGCCCGUCGAGUUUAGAAAGAUUUGUAGUCACCGACGUGGUAGAUUUCCCCAUAGCAGAGCAGGAAUUUUUCCAUUUAUAUCUUGUUUUUGGGAGACUUGUAUCCAUUUUGUACACCGCCAAUCAAAAGCAGUUCCAAUCGAGGAUCCGAUUAGCCAUCAGAUUUAUAUGUACGUUUACACAAUUUUAAAGUAAGAGGCCCCAUACAGUUAGUUGCCCCUUCCCCACCUUAUCCAUUAACAAAGUCGAAUCCUCGCAAUGCAAACGCAACCGAAACCAAAUACAUAGUACCACGCCUAAUUGUAUAGUUUACUUGUUUACGCCACUAUAUAUACGAACAUUAAAUCUAUAUAUACAGUAUAUAAUAAUCAAUAUACCUAGCUCUACUAUAAAUAUUGUAUAUCAAUUAUUGUCGUAGUGCUAAACUAAAGCCCCGGACUCGUGUAAAUUUGAAUGUAUUAAAAAAAACAGACACUGCAAGGUGAAGAAUACUUAUAUGAAACAUUAUUAUACCGUACGCAAGAAAUUAUUAUUAAUAAAGAUAUUUCAUGAUUAGUGCGUUAAGUUGAAGAAGAGCAAAAGGA